AUGCAGUCCGGCGUGCACGUCAGCGACUCUCUAAAUAUAGUGAACAUUGGAGCCCCAGGCGGUGGAACUUCUGCAGAAGUCGGCCAUGAUGCUGCAAGUACGGACUCUUCAAGAAGCUAUGAGUCGCCGAGUGAGGUCGCCUAUCACACGCUCGAAGACGACGCGGAGGCACAGGGUGCCGUGGACUCUGACGAUGCAGAUGCAGCGGUGGACGAGUUACGAAGGCAGCUGGCCGCUGCCCGAGUCAUUCAGGAUUGGACGCGCACCAGGUUCCAGCAGUGGCUCCAAGAACGCGGGCCUCGCUUAACAGCUGUUCCGUUACGAGCAGCGCCAGAAAAUUCAUUGGAUGAGGACUUCGGGGCAGUGUUCCCAACGAUUGCAGACAGUUCUGAAAUAGGCGCUACAUUGAUGUGGCAACCGGGCCGCCAGUCCUCUGAGGACGAUCUCUCCGGAGGGUCGCUGGCCGCUGAUGUGUCUCUCGAGAAGGACGCGGCUGAAGAACGCGUGCCGAAGAGCAACCUCGAUGCUGGAAAAGGUCAAUCUGUCAAGGCCGAUCCAGAGAUGACGAAGAUACCCGAAUCGAACGUCUCUGAGAAUGAUGUUGCCUGGUCAUCGGACGAAACUACGUAUGCUCGGUUUCCUUCCCGGCCGAGUCCCAGUGGCAGUCCCCGGUCAUCUAUAUCACUGGAGGAUGGGAACGGAGUUGACUCGAACGACGGUGUUCAUGCCCAGCAGCUUUUCGUCCAGCUUCCAGAACCGCUGCCGCGAGCACCCGUAGACCAGCUUGUGCCGGGCCCAUCGUCCGAGAAAAUCUUCGGGGAACUCCUCAGAGAGUGCAAGCACGGUGUGCCCCUUACCUUUGAAGCCAUGCUUGAGGACAUUGGUGCGGACGGCUGCGUGAAGCUGUGCGAGGGCGGCGUGUACACGGAGGUGUUUCGCACUUGCGGAACCAGGGGUGGUGCCGUGCUCAAGGUGCUGCAUCCGGCCUACCUGGUCCGCCACCUGCACCUGGUGCUCACCGAAGUGCGCAUAGCAAGAAGCCGCAUGUGCACAGGUUUGAACAAAAUUAGUACACAGGAGCUGUGGCCCAACUACACCCCAGUGGCUUCUAGCAGCCUCGAAGAUCCUUGCGUAGCUUGA